GGUCCGAUCUGUUGUCGGGCGGCGCAGCUGCCGCGCUCCGGACUCCCGCAGUCUCGGCCCCGCCGCACCAUGUCCUGGCGCCCGCUGCUGCUCGCCGCGCUCUCCGCCGUCCUGGCCCGGGCCCGGGGCUACUUCCCGGAGGAGCGCUGGUCCGAGGAGUCGCCGCUGCUGCCCCCGCGGGUCCUCAUCGCCCUCAUCGUCCGCAACAGCGCGCACGGUCUGCCCGCCUUCCUGGGCCGCAUCGAGGGGCUCCGGUACCCCAAGGAGAGGCUCAGUCUGUGGAUUGCCACGGACCACAAUGUGGAUAACACCACAGCAGUAUUGAGAGAAUGGCUGGUGAAUGUACAGAGAUUUUACCAUUCCGUUGAAUGGAGACCCAAGGAUGAGCCCAAAUCUUAUCCGGAUGAAACCGGGCCAAAGCAUUGGCCAGACUCUCGAUAUGAGCACGUGAUGAAGCUACGACAAGCAGCACUGAAGUCAGCCAGAGACCGAUGGGCCGAUUACAUUUUGUUUGUAGAUGCAGAUAACUUCUUGACCAACCCAGACACCCUGACUCUCCUCAUAGCAGAGAAUAAGACGGUUGUUUCUCCGAUGUUGGACUCGCGCUCUGCCUAUUCCAAUUUCUGGUGCGGAAUGACCUCGGAGGGUUAUUACAAGCGGACCCCAGCCUACCCUCCGAUACGGAAACGGGACAGGCUGGGCUGUUUCCCGGUGGUAAUGGUCCACUCCACGAUGCUGAUCGAUCUCCGCAAAGAAGCCUCCAAGAAACUGGCCUUUUACCCCCCACAUCCGGACUACACCUGGUCUUUUGAUGACAUCAUUGUCUUUGCGUUUUCAUGCAAGCAAGCAGGCGUCCAGAUGUACAUCAAUAAUAGAGAGCACUUCGGGUUCCUGCAAGUUCCUCUGAAGUCAACCAGCACCAUGCAAGAUGAGGUGGAGAGUUUUAUUCACGUCCAGCUCGAGGUUAUGGUAAAUCACUCUCCCAUGGAGCCAUCUAAAUAUAUGUCCGUGCCUCCAAAGCACCCGGAUAAAAUGGGCUUUGAUGAGGUUUUUCUGAUUAACCUGAAGCGUCGCCCAACCCGGAGAAUGCGAAUGCUUCGUUCCCUGUACGAGCAGGAGAUCGCCUGUGAAGUCGUCGACGCGGUCGAUGGAAGAGCUUUCAACAGCAGUCAGAUUAAAGCUCUUGGCAUCACAAUGUUGGCGGAUUACCAAGACCCAUAUUCAGGACGGCCCUUGACCAAAGGGGAGCUAGGCUGCUUCCUCAGUCACUACAACAUCUGGAAGGAGAUUGUUGAACGAGGAUUGCAGAAGUCAGUAGUGUUUGAAGACGAUCUACGGUUUGAAAUCUUCUUCAAACGAAGACUGAAGUAUCUGAUGAAGGAAGUGGAGAAAGUGAAACUCGACUGGGAUCUGAUUUACAUUGGUCGAAAACGAAUGCAGGUGGAUCACCCGGAGAGGGCAGUGCCUGGCGUCCGAAAUUUGGUUGAGGCCGAUUACUCCUACUGGACUUUGGGAUACGUCCUCUCACUGCAAGGAGCAAAGAAACUCAUUGAUGCCAAGCCGUUUGACAAGAUGCUACCGGUGGAUGAAUUUCUACCCGUGAUGUACAACAAGCACCCGAUAUCCAAGUACAUGGAUCACUUUGAGAAGCGCGACCUGAAGGCUUUCUCCGCAGAGCCACUGCUGGUCUACCCCACCCACUACACGGGUGACACGGGCUACGUCAGUGACACUGAGACCUCCACGGUCUGGGACAACGAGAAGCUAAAGACGGACUGGGACCGCGCCAAGUCACAGAAGACCAGGGAGCAGGUAAAGAUCCGGGAAGCAGCUCAGAACCUGGACAUGUCGCAUUCGCCAAUCGAUUCAGCCGCCAGAGAUGAGCUGUGACCAGUGGCUUAGACCCGCACUCGAAGGCCAUUCACAAAGGAGGGUGCUGGAAAUGAGCAGGGACAGGUGCUAUGUCUUGGAACGAGUUGAAAUGACCUCCAAACUAUGACUACGUGAGGUAACGCUCUUCACUGUGGUAACCAGCAUGAGUGGGGGUGCCUAUGCUGAGUUAACUGUUGAUUAAUUCGUUAUGUGCCUCAAUGUAUUAUUAAUAGAUAGCCAUACACGAUUCACCUCAAAAGGACUGAAUACCUUGCAGGGCCAAAGCAACGAAAUCAAACAAGUGAUAUCGAAUCGGUCAUCUGUUAUAUACCUCGCUCGUUACUGAGUUCUAUUGACUUUAGUUGAACAGAGUGUCAAAAGGGGUUUAUAACUGAUGUGAUGUCAGCCAGUACACAUCACUCCUACCCACUGUCUUAUCAUUCUGCUUACACUUUUAAUAUAACACAAAUAUUACAAUUUUUUUUACUGUUUGAUUUCUGUCGGUUCUAUACCUGCAGUUGUAGCUGUUUUGGUCCCUGUGGGGUUUUGUCAGCUGUGUACUAACCUAGAUGCUUGGGUGGAAGCCCCAUAACCUUCGUAAGGGCACGUCAUUGUAACCUGUCCAGAUGCUGUACCUCUGGUAAAGGGCGAGCUGGGAGAUGAGUUGAUGCCAAAAUCAGCCUCUGCUUUCUGUACCUGGUUAAGCAGUAAAUGCCAAGCAGCUCGCUGUUCCAAAACCAAGGGUGUACAAAUGUGGGAAACGAGUUACUUGCAUAAGAGGCGGAGGUGUGCACACUGCUCACAAAGGGCAUCAGUGCUGGCAGUACCUGCUCACACAGGUGAUGAAUCCAGUGGCACCUGGGCACAAUAAACAGUCGGUGUCACGAUCUUGGGUAAUGGAGCUGGGGUCAAGCUCAGCUCAGUCAAGUUGAGUGGUCGAGCAGGUCUGAGGUGCCGUGAGUUCCACACCAGGUUAGUCACACGUCAGUUCUUACGCACAGGUUGUGUGCCCCUUGUAUUCAUUAUAAACCUGCCCUGUGCUCCCAGGUGCAGAUCUUAAGUACAUUCAUUGACCACACACUGGAGAAGCGGGCGUUGGGAAUAAUUCUGAUUCUGGAUGAGAAUCUGGAACGUUUUAAAGAGAACCAGGUUGCCAAAGUCCAAAUCAAGGAGCAGAUCGGCCUCGUGCUGUUUCCCAGUGUGUUUGUUCCCUCUGCUCCAAACCUCCCAGUCCCCUUUUUGAUGUGUAUCCAAGGACCUACAAUCCCUCAAUCCAGCCACUGUUAAUUAAUUACACUGCUCUGCCUGAGCAUAUAAAGCAGCUGGGACCUGAGUCAGCUUCAGUUUCGGCUUUGAGCAAAAAGCAAACUGCUGGAGGAACUCAGCGGGUCGAGCAGCGUCCACAGAUGCCGAGUUCGUCCAGCAGGUGCUCCAGACUAUGUCAUUUGCAAUCUCUUGUGCCUCUUAAAUUUCGGCUUGACGUAUGCUGGAUCUUCAAACUCGAGUACACUUUGCAUGGGACCAGUCCAUUAUUAGCUGGUGUGUACGAUUCCAACACCAGCAGGUUAUUGAGGUGAUUCAACUAGUACGAGGAAUGAUAUUACCCUCAACUUGCUCUUUGAGCUUCCAGAGGAACAGCUGGACUGGUUUCAAAUAUCAUUGUGUGUAUUCUGACUAUUUCUUCCAAUUACUUAUGCCAAAAACUUAGCACCUUAUUGAAUUUUCUGUCUGUUCCUACUCUCUCCCUGUGCAAUCCAUUCCACACACUCACCAACCAUUGGCUGAAGUAAUUCAGUCAAAACGAUUUGUUCAGCUCUCAACUCAGUUCCCGCAUCCUCCUGUGUACACAGUUGGUUACCGUUUAACACAAAGAGCGCUGGAGGAACUCAGUGGGUCUGGCAGCAUCUGUGGUGGGAAAUGGACCGUCAAUGUUUCAGGUCGAGAUGAAGGGUCUUGACCCAAAAAGUCACCAACAGUCACCAAAAAGUCUACACCCACAGACAUUAGUUAACCAUAAACAACGGGCUGAAUCAGGAGAGUCUGGUCAUCAUUUCAGGCACAGGUGGAUGUUUUAUCCAGGCUUCAGGGCUGUUGGUUUGUUUUACCCUGUUCUGUGCCCACUAUUUGAAUCUUGACAACCCAGCAGGCUGCAGUGUGAAUGCAGAACUGUGCAGCUUGCAUGACGUAGGUAGAUAUUCGGUCCACCAAUAUCACUGGGCUGAUUUCCAUUUCAUUAGGUCUUUCAACAUCCACUUGAGUUUGUGUGUUGCACAUAUCUUUCUUCCUCUUUACAGGAUGUCACACUCGUCCUCAUUAAAUUUCACCUCCCAUUGUUUUGUCCACUUGUAUACUGUAUCUCGCCCAUUGCACCCUCAUCUCUGACUUGUUCCCUUUAGUGUCACCGUCCUUUGCAGUUCAGUUCUGUCUCUAAACUUAACUUAGUUUCUGAGCCCAAUACAUUGAUGUAAAGAAAAAGCUAACCACCCAUAAGCCAUUCCCCUCAGUAUUAACUCUCCCUCCCUGCCUUUACCCUCCAACUUUUCCUUCUCUACUGUUAUGGGGCUGUAGUUCAGCGGGGGUCAGUGCCUUCAAGAGUCUGCAGUAAUCUUUUUCUAACUAAAAUAACCAAAGUUAAAUCUGCCUUUCCCAAAGAACUCCCCUCUCUCUUUCUGUCCCUCGAUCUCUUUCUCCCCACAGCCCCCACCCCUUCCACCCUCAGAGUUUCAGGAUAAAGGAUGAGUGUUGAUACAAAAUAAAAAGGUGGUUGGGAGUUUUUUAAGUACUCGGUAUUUAAUUAUACUCAAAUGUAGAAAGACAGGAUUUAAAAAAAAGUUCUUGAAGAAUUUUAAAACUGUAUCUUAAAUGGGGAAAACUUGUGGAGUAUCACUGCCAAGUCGCUUCAGUUUGGCUGAUUUAACCCAGACAUCAUUCAUUAUCCUUGCAAUGCCUAGGAAUUUUUGAUGUUAUUUAAUAUUUCCUGUGUUAAAUCUAUGUUUACUACUUUGUAAUUUUCAAUAAAGGUUUUAUACAAAUUCA